GAGUGACGUAACCGCUGAUAGAAAUAGCCGGCUGUGUGCUGCGUGAUGUACAGACGGGAGUGAGAGACACUACUCGGGUCACACAUCCCCCUGUUCCUGCUGCUGCUGUAUGACAGAAAACAUGCGUUGCGCCAGUGCCAUCCUGAAGUCCAAUGACCGCGUCAGCAGAGAGGUUUGUCGGAACCUUUUUGGACCUGUGGAUCAUGAACGCCUUAAAAUGGACUAUAAAGCAGCGAUAAGUGAGUCUGUGGAAGAGGCCAAACGCAGAUGGAACUUUGAUUUUGUCAAUGAGGUUCCACUGGAAGGUGAAUUUAAAUGGGAGAAAGUUGAAUUCCCAGAUACUAAUGGUCGCAAACGAAAACAAAAACUUAUUACAGAGUUCUUUCAAGUGAAACGUCGCUGCUCUUCCUUCUCUAAGCCAGUCUAGCCCCUGACUGGCCCAGUUCCAGACUUCACAAAGCUUGUUUUCCAAGCGUCCUUCCUCAGGACAAGAAUUAAAAGUAUGCGUUUCCAUAUUAAUAUCCGUUUGAGGAUGUAAAUCGUCUACUUAUGAAUAUAUAUAGACAAUACCUGGAUUGUUGAACAGCUGGAAAUAUAAAUGCACUUCAUACAGACUCUGGAGAGCGUCUAACCCCUUUGUUGCUAUAGGAAAACAGAUUUAGCUCAAAAGAAGUCAUUAAUCACUGCAUAUAUAUGAAGAAAGUUUUCCAAGGGCUAAUGUGUGUCAUGUGUACAUAUGUAUUUUGUGGAACUAUAUAAGUUAUAAUUUCAAAUUACAGUAAGCACAUCAAUAUUUAAAAAGGGAUGCUGUGAAUGUAAACAUGUUCACCAAUGGGCGUUUUUAUAAAAACAGAUUAGAAGCAUUUUAAUGCUCUAAGUCAUUCCUAAAAUGCCUCCCUCUCCAUUCACUUGCAUUGGAGUCUAAACAAACAAGGCUAUGAAUAUUUUCUCUUUAGAACCCGCCUUGUACAGUGAUGUACAUUUUCCACACACCUAAAUGUUGCAACAUGAAGAAAAUUGCCUAUAGCCAUAUAUGUAAUAAAAAAAAAAAAAGCCUGUGCGGUGUUAGUGUGGCGCAGCAUAUAAUGGUCUGUAUUCUAUACACUCUAUAUAGCGAAGAAGAAAAGACAGGCUAAAAACACAAAUGUAAACACAACACUUAUACAAAUACUGAAUUUGAUGGUACAGAUGUAUUAACUGAAACUAUGCUUUUGUAAAGUGUUGCUGCCCUUAGUGUACUGUUAUUUACUAUACUGUAUUGGUGGAUGUUUAGGCAAUUUACAAUGUUUAUUAUACUAAGCACUCUGGGUUUUGGAUCAUAUACCGUUUUCCUAUAUUCAUCCUGCAAAUCCAUGUACAAACUCUCUGUUGUCUGACUUGUGUUGUGAAAUGUUUUAUUUAUGUUUUGGAAAUGUUAAGUGUAUGGCAAUAUUUUGGGCUUUAUGCUAAUUUAAGAUGUGGUAGAAACACACACAUUUGUGUAUAUAUGUUACUAAAGAAAUUAUAUUAAUUUAUGUGCUUUAAUAAUAUAAUGUUUAGAUUUUUGGCAACAUUACUUUUAAGGACUGAAAUAUUUUUCUAUUGUACAAAGUAUAAGAGGGCUAAAAUCGACAGAGCUACAGCUGUAUUGCUUGUGUAAUGUGUUGUUUACUUUACAUCUUGGUUCAGGCCUGGCCAACCUGUGGCUCUCCAGCUGUUGUGAAACUACACACCAUUCCAUAAUAGCAAAACUGUGGCAGGGCAUGCUGGGACAUGUAGUUUCACAAUAGCUGGAGAGCCGCAGGGCUGUUUUAGUCGCGAUUCCUUUGUUUGUACACAGGUGUACUCUGCACAGAUUAAGAUUACCAUUACCUAUGUAUAUUUCAAUGCCUUGGGUACAGGGAAAUGCUGGGUCUCUGUGACCUGCAAUACUUCCUUCUACAUACCAACACUUCAAGAGUGGGGUUUAAAUGUAGCAGGGCAAAGUGUCCAAUAAAAUUAGAGGUUUGUAUACAAGAUCUGUGGUAAAAUAAAUCUGCUGUGAUUCCGACACUUGUUACUUGGACCUUCCCCUGCAGCAUAACAUGGCUUAGUCUCUGUAAAACAUUGCACCUUCUACUUGGAGUUACAUUUAAACAAGGCCCAAUACAGUAUGUAGAGGUUACUACAAAUAUACAUAUGUAUAUAAUAUAUAUAUAUAUAUAUAUAUAUAUAUAUAUAUAUAUAUAUAUAUAUAAUGUGUAUAUGUUGCAACACUAAAAGCCUCGAUUCACGUCAGCACUUUACAUUCAGCCAAACUUUGCACUUGUGUCCUUAUACUGCAGGGCUGCGUUGUUUCAACAGGUGUCGGUCUUCUAGUUGGCCACAUUCAUUGUAAAUAUCUACAAGAGCCAUGUAACCUUGUAAACAAAAUAAUUAUACCUUUCUUCAAGGCUGCAUUAAAUGCUAGUUUGACCAAAAUUAUUAACAUCUACUGUACAUCCUCCCCACUAUGUAAUAAAAUUAUUACUACAACAUUUUAAAUGGCUUCCAUUUAAAAAUGGAGACCUACAGUAACUUCAUAAUAAUAGUAUUGUACUACUAGCUGGGUCCUGAGCAAUCUGAUAAACAGUAAAAAUAAAGAGCUGUAACCAAUAGCAACACUAUUUACUUUCUUUUUCAUUGCACACAUAAAGUUACAUCUGUAAUCUAUUUGCUUGCUGUAAGUUACACACCAGGUUCUAUGAAACAAUUUCAUAAAUGUUCCCCAGUGUUUUUCCAGUUUUGUUGCAGAAUCUUAGGCUGGGUACACUACACACAUGUCGAUAUAUCGUUCACACAGCCGACGAACGAUAUAUCGACUGAGCCAUUGGCUCAUGUGUACAGCCGAUAUGUCUGUGACACAGACAUAUCACAUUGCCUGAGCAGCAUGACAAAUGGCGAUAUAUCUUGCAGAUAUAGCGGUUCAUCUGCCUGUGUUUAUAGGCAUCCUGACGAUAAACCAAUGUGCCCGCCAUGGGAACCGCACCGCAGACAAUGAUGUCCACCAGUUCCUGUGGCCAGGCAUGUUGGGCGGUGGAUUGGUAAGUAUGUAUGCGCAGUUCUUUUGUGCAGAACACUUACCAAAUCGUUGGAUUUGUUGGCCCAUUACGCAGCCAGCUCAUCCAUUAUUAAGUUGUGUACCCAGCCUUACUCUAUAUUAAAUGGUAACUUUUAAUGCUUAGAAAUCUGUCAAUUUCAAAGGAAAAAAAAUACAUUUUAAAUGUUAUUUUAAAUAACACAUUUGUGCGAGCAAUGUAGAUAUAGCUCUCUCAUAUUUGGGUUUAGCGGACCUUUGGGAUUUGCAGGAGUUGGGUUCCUGCUGGGCUAAUCUAUAUACAUAGAAAUGCAAAAGAUAUAUACAGAUGGAUACUUCAAAUUGUUAAUAAAUUUGUGCCAAUAUACAUAAAAAUGUAUAAUUGAAUUAUUGUAGUUCUUGUGUUUUAAUUAUUUUUGUGUGCGGGGAUACUUGGCAUAAAACAUAGAGUAUCCACUGAAUCUUGGGUGGUCUUCUGGUUGCUGGCGGCCGGGCUCCUAGCGACCAGCAUACCGGCGCCGGAAUCCCGACCGGCAGCAUACCGACAUCUUUUCUCCCUCUUGGGGGUCCACGACUCCCCUGGAGGGAGAAUAGAUAGCGUUGUGCGCCACCAUGCCCGCAGCGAGCCCGCAAGGGGCUCAUUUGCGCUCGCCCAGCUGUCGGUAUGCCGGCGGUCAGGAUUCCGGCGCGGGUAUGCUGGUCGCCGGGACCCCGACCGCCGGCAAACCAUACUACACCCCUGAAUCUUUUGUGGACAUUUAUAAAGAGUGGUACAAAAGUUGCUGUUCCCAUGGCAAUCAACCAUGUUUGCUUUAAUUUUCUAAACUGUACUACAAAAAUGCGGAAUACAUCCACUCUCUGCAGAGGUUUUCAGGCAUCCACCAGUCUGCAGAGGUUUUCAGGAAAGUUAAUACUUAAGGCCAUAAUUUUUCAAACAAUAAUAACGUGUAAAAAAAGUUAGUAAGUACUAUGAAGGGUUUCCAACUUUUGUGCUCUUCCAAUGUUCAUGUUUACUAUAAUGCACUUUGUAUGCCAAACUGUUAGCACUAAUUAUUAUUUUGUACAUACUAUGCUGGAGCAUUGUGUAAUUAAAAGCCUACAGUGUAUUUAUUAAGAAUAAAGGAGUAAUUCUAA